AUGAAGCUUCAGCUAUCGCUUGUCUUGUUCGCUGCCGUUGCAUUAUGUAAUGCGAAAGUCUUCGAUAGACAAGCACUGUCAUACGCUCCGAUCCCAAAGGAUAUCUACCAACCUCCCACCAAGUCGGGAGAAACUACAUUGCUUGACUUUAUCAAGUCCCGCGAGGAUUUGUCCGAGCUUUCCAAACUUGUUGAGCAGACACCAGCGUUUAGUACAAGUGCAGACUGGCAAUACACAUUUAUCGCGCCUUCCAAUGAAGCGUUCAAUAAUACAGGUGAAUACUAUAAGACAUUUGCCAGUACACCCAAGGGACGCUGGUGGUCUGGACAGAUGCUUCAACAUCACUACAUUCCCAACUCGCGUCUAUACACGAGCAACUUCACUGCGGAAAAGACUCGAUUUCAACUGGGGUCUUACCUCUAUGCAUCGGCUGAGAUCAAAGGCGGAGAUCUUGUGCUCAACAAUGUGGCGACCAUCGUCGAAGCCAAUAUCCCUGUAACCAAUGGCCUUGUACACAUCAGCGAUCGUAUUCUGGCUGGCGAUGCCAUGAUCUACGAGGCUGACAUUGGAACAACUAAGCAAGGCUUCAUCCCUGGUUCUUGCUCUAACCCCAACCUACCUUAUUGCUGA